GCCCUCAGACGCGAACCCACGUGGAAAUGCAAAUUAAUUUCAUCGCUACUAAUCAGAGUCAUCCGAUCGGUGCUCAAGCAGUAGUGGAUUAGGGGGACCUUCGACUUGGUCGUCCCUUGGCCAUUUCCGUACAAUUUCUUGAAUAAGAAAUUAGAAAAGCCGAAGUGGUGUGUGGUCACCCGGCGGACGCGGGGGGAGGUGUUCCCUCCCUCCUUGGAACUGGCCCGUAAGGCCCAACUGGUGGUCUGCAUCCGUCAGCGUCUGCUGCCCAAGCGGCUUGCAAAGUUUUGUUUACUCUUGCUGAUUUUGUGCAGUCGUCGCUUGAUUCAGGUGCAUUGCGUCCAGUAGGUUGAAUCGUGGGUUGGGCACCUUUACCAGUCGCGUCUCUAGCGGAAUUGACGAUGCUUCCCUCCCUACUGUCAAUGUGUUGGCAAGGUUAAUCAGCUGGAAAGUGCAAUAACAGGUGGUGUUCGAUCGGCAUGGGUGCGAUGGAUUACGACUACUUGAUAAAGUUUCUGGCACUGGGAGACUCAGGUGUGGGGAAAACCAGUUUCCUGUAUCAAUAUACAGAUGGCACUUUCAAUACUAAGUUUAUUUCCACUGUUGGAAUUGAUUUCAGAGAGAAAAGAUUGAUGUACAGAGGUACAGGGAGAAGCCAGUGGGUCCAUUUACAGUUAUGGGAUACAGCUGGACAAGAAAGAUUCCGUAGCCUGACAACUGCCUUCUACCGGGAUGCCAUGGGUUUCCUGCUGCUGUUUGACUUGACUAACGAGCAAAGUUUCCUGGAAGUGAGAAAUUGGCUUGACCAACUUCGGACCCAUGCUUACUGCGACAGUCCCGACGUAAUAUUGUGUGGAAAUAAAAGUGACAUGGAAGAUCACAGAGUCAUAAGUGAAGCCCAAGCAAGAGAUGUUGCCGACAAAUAUGGACUACCAUACCUUGAGACAAGUGCAGCAACCGGACACAAUGUGGGGCUUGCAAUCAAUAUCCUUUUGGACAAGGUCAUGACACGAAUGGAAAAUGCAAUUGACAACCCUAUGUUUCCUGUAAGACAAUUGAAACUUCCAGAAGCACCACCACCGAUCUCAUCAAGUCAAAUGUCUCAGUGUAUAUGCAAUACCCUGUGAAUUCGAAAACCAGUUCCUUUGAUGCCACAAUUGCUAAGGUGGAGCUCUGUAUUGGUUGUCAUCUUAAAGCAAUUCAAAAAGAUAUCAGGCAAUAAAUUAAACAAUAUCAAAAUUUAA